AUGAAAACGAACGUGUGUGGAGAAUCGAGCGGUCUGAAACUAAGUGGGCUUCUGUCUGUGUUGUACACGGACGGGGGUGAGCAGACAAGCGUUCAAGGCUGCAGCGCGAAGGUGGCAGUAGUUGACGGCCUUGGGGACCAGGGGUUGCUGGAGGUUCUGGUCGUGGCGGACCCGAAGGACCUUGCAAAACCGCGUUCCAAGUUCGACCUUGCGCAAGAUAGCGUGCGGCUGCUGGUGCUGCCGCCCCGAGACGUCGAUGAGUAUUUGGGUGAUGGUGACGUAACUAACUACCAGCGUGCCGUGGAUUCAUUCGCGACUAGUGUUUGGCACGGGUUGACGGCGCCCAAGAACCCGCUUGACGCUUUGAAUGAACACAUUGCUGAUCAAAUCUUCCAAGACAUCAUGCCGAGGACUAUGGCGCCGGCGCAGGCUGUGGGAAUCGUAGGGGGAUCCUUUGUAAAGGAGUGGCGGUCGGUGACACAAGAGGACUACGACAUGCUCUGGAAGCAACACUUCAACCCUCGCGAAACCAACUCGGAAGUGCACGAAGUAGAAUACGGCGACCUGGCGGCUUUGAACAAGAUUGUUAUGCACGCCGCCGCUCCCGGGAAGUCGGAGCGCUCCUGGGCCAGCGUGGUCGGUCAGAGAGGGCUGGAGUACGGCGGCGUAAUUCUCGGAGUCCUGGCGUUGGAGCGUUUGCUAGCCACACUCGGCUAUUUGGACAGCAUGUGGGGUAACUCCUCCGUAAUGAACAGCACAAGCAAUGACACCGCGACGGUCCGGAUAGCUGAGGGUCUCCAUCAAGUCCUUACCUCUAAAUUUAGUUGUCACUCGCCGCCGACGGUGGACCUUUCUUCCUUGUACAGAGACUAUCUGUUUCGGGAUCCCAUGACGGGUUGGGACCUGAUGUCCCGGCGUACGCCGAUGGAGAAGUGCAAGGAGAUGGCGGCCAAGUCUGACGCGAGGGACUUCAUAUUAGCCAGUCCGGGGCUUGAGACGAAGGUUUUGUACCUACACUGUGGCGCCGGUACCGGCACAUUGUUAUGUCGCAAUCUAGGAGUCGCCAACACUCAGUGUUUCGACUUCAUUUCUGGCGAUUCAUCUAGCGCUUACGGUCUAGAUUUCUUAAACGAAAUGCUGGGUCGAAUCUUCAAUCCCACAGGCAACGAAGAAUGCUGGAUUCGUUGCAAUACUAUUCGCUACGAUACCCACGGACUGAUGUCUCUGCGCCAGGUCUUAGAAACCGACAUAGGAUUACGCAGGCAGGCAUUUAUGCGGGCAGAAGAGCGUAACCGCCUCCACACUAAGCGUAGCUACCUAAAUAUAACAGAACCAAGCGAUGCAUGCACCCCGGACGGACUCCAAAAAUUCAUACAAGCAAUUCAGCAAAAAUACCCACCCGGUUUCCAAAAGAAACGCCUCAGCAAAUUAUGGUUCAAAGCACCUUGCGGCACCGGCAUCUGGACACCCGGCGAACCAUACCCUGAUUGCGCGUGUCCAAAACUUCGCAUGACCUGUGCCAUGUCUAAUCGUCUUCGCCAGAUAUACGAGGUCAUUGUUGAGACGACGUCCGAGAAAAACAGCACACAAGACGCAUUCCGUAACUUCGCGACCACCAAGAUGCACAACAUGGAAGUCAAAAGCUGCAAAUAUGACUGCCUCACUCAGAUCUGA